UCAGUAUUAUAGGGCCUGUGAUAGACUACUUUCACUAGCAGCACUGAAGACUCACUUUGUUGAGCCACAAAACAGGUAUGGGGCACGGAAAUGAACACGGCCAUGGCCAUGGCAAAAUGGAACUCCCUGACUACAGGCAAUGGAAGAUAGAAGGUACACCGCUAGAACAAGUCCAGGAAAGGCUGGCUAGGCGGGGUCUGAGGGAUCCAUGGGCUCGUAAUGAAGCCUGGAGGUUUAUGGGUGGCUUUGCAAAACCUGUCACCUUAACAGAAGUACUUACUAAAGGAUUCAAGUGGGGAUUUGCAGCUUUUGUCAUAGCUCUUGGUAUUGAGUAUGUAAUGUUUCCCCCGAAGAAGAAUGGAGGUCAUCACUGAAGAUCAAGUAUUGAGAGCUUAAUUGUUUCUAAACUAAAAUGUACAACAGCUUGCUGCUCAUUCUAUACCUAUACUAAAUAUAUUAAAGUCUGUCCAUCACAGACAAAAGCA